UAGUUACUUACCCUCAAGUUUAAAUGUAACUAGAUUUUUGUAACAAAAACUUUAACAUAAGUACAGUAACAAAAUAUAAUGUAUACAGAAAUAAUAAUAUUUUGUGUUUUCUUAACUAUACAUACAUUUUAUAAACAUAUAACCUAAUCAGGUAUAAAUAUUAAAGUAGGUUAUAUCAUGAAAUAAACACUACAGAUAUUCUAUUACUAAAAUGUAUUAAAUACAACAAAAUAGUCAACAGUGUUCUUACCUAAACCAAUUAACAAUAUGUCAUUUCUUAUCUUCUGUAACUUCAUUUUUAAAACCUAACUUACUCCAAUCUUCUUUGGCCAUUAGGUUGUUAUCCAUUCUACAUCCAAGAUAUUCCUUAGCUUCAUCUCGACACAUAGAAUUAUUACCGUUAUUGUUCAAUAAACACUUCAUAUAUUUUCUCAUGCUAACUUUACAAACUCCAUCAUGAUCCAGAGGAAAGCUUCCCUUAUCUGGUGGGGUUGGUAUGAACUGUUUUUGCCCAAAAGUCAUUGCAGUCGACAUGGUAGUGAUUUGUAACAAUUAGAUUGAUAAAAUAAUACUAUAAUUCAUUUACCGGUAGAUAUAUUUGCGGUAAAUAUUUCCAAUAACAAUAUUAUAUUUUUAGUUAUUCCUUUCAAGUCUUCUGUCAGGCAAGGGACAACAGCUGAUCUAAUGACACUUGCAGAUUUUGACAGAACGUUUCAAAGACUAAUUUGUUUUCGUUUAGAAACUGUCAAAUCACAACACAUAAAAAUACCUCUUAACUUCUGGAUAAUAGCCAAUAUUUCCAUUACAACUUUCAACAGUGUAAACUAAGUUAAAAGUUUCUAUUCUGGGAUUACCUUAGACUUACUCCAUGAUGUGCUGAGCAAGAAAAUGUUCUAAGUGCACCAACAAUCUAACUGAACCUUCAACUGUCAAAAGAAGUCAGUUGUCAACUUGUUACUGUCAAGUCAAGUGUCAGCGCAACGAAAUGUGCAAAGCACAUUCAAGCACGUGCUAUUUAUUUACAAAUAGUAAAAUAACUAUUUUACAGUAAAAUGUCUCGACUUAUAGUUAAGAAUUUACCAAAUAAGGUAACAGUAGAAAAAUUAAAAGAUAUAUUCGGUGAAAAGGGCGAAGUAACUGAUGUCCAAUUGAAAUACACGAAAGAUGGCAAGUUUCGGAACUUUGGUUUUAUUGGAUACAGAACAGAAGAACAAGCGAAUCAAGCGAGAGAAUACUUUGAUGGCACAUGCAUAAAUUCUAUGCAAAUACAAGUCCAAACAUGUGCAAACUUGGGUGAUGAGAAAAAGCCAAAAGCUUGGAGUAAAUAUGCUCCAGACAGCAGCGCAUACAAGAAACUCCACAAAGAUGAAAUUGAAGACAAAAAGAAGGCAGAAAAGAAAGAGAAAAAAGUUGAGAAAAACAAAAAUAAAAUUAAAGAACUUCUAAGAAAGCACAAAGAUGAUCCCCUAUUUGCAGAAUUCAUAGAAGCCCAUGUGAAUGACAAAACCGCUUGGAUAAAAGAAGCUUUAGAUUCUGCUUCAAAGAGUGAUGCUGAUGAUGAUGAUGAUAAUGAAAAUAACAAUGAGGACAUUAAUGAUAAACAGAAAGAAACCCAAGAGCAUGAAAAUCCUAAAGAAGACAACAAAAGUAAGAAAGAAAAAAAAGAAGAUAAACCAGAACCUAAAAAAGUUGCGGAUACCGCAAUCAGUGAUUUAGAGUACAUGAAACUAUUAAUGAAGAAAGUGGGAGGUCCGGGUAAGGAAAAUGUUGCUGAGGAAACAAAUGAACAGACUACAGAGGAACAGCAGCCAAAGAAAAUAAGAAAUAGGCCAUUGUUUCAUGUUAAAAUUAUGGGUUUACCUUACAAAUGUAAGAAAAAGGAUAUUAAAGAAUUCUUCAGGCCACUUGUCCCCUUUUCAAUAAGAUUGCCUUAUGGGAAAGGAAAGAAGGUUACUGGUUUUUGUUACGUUGGGUUUAGAACUGAGAAGGAGCUUAAAAAGGCUUUAGGAAAAGACAAAUUGUUUUUAGGUAAUCAUCGAAUUCAUAUACACAAAUAUGAAGAUAAAUCUAAAUUAGCUGCAGAGCAGGAAGAGGAAACGAGUAGAAAGAAAAGAGAAGAGUCUUCAAAUAACGAAGAAAGUAUAGGGGAAAGUGGGAGUAUAUUUGUUCGGAAUCUGCCGUACGUGGUAUCCGAGGAGGAACUCACAAGCUUAUUUGAGAAAUAUGGUCCUCUAGCCGAGGUCAACAUGCCAAUAGACCCAAUCUUGCGGCAACCGAAAGGUUUCGCGACGGUAACGUUCGUGAUGCCGGAACAUGCGGUGAAAGCAUACACUGAACUAGACGGCACAGCGUUCUGCGGCAGAAUGCUACAUCUGCUACCCGCCAAGUCUGAGAAACUCGAAGAUGAUGAAGACGAUGAAGGUCUAUCGUUCAAAGAGAAGAAAGCAAAGAAGCUAAAAGCGCAAGCGAAGUCUUCCCACAAUUGGAACGUAUUAUUCCUUGGCACCAAUGCAGUCGCUGACGUCAUCGCAUCUACCUAUAACACCACUAAGGAACAGCUACUCAAUGAUAAUAACAAGAAUACAAGCGCUGCUGUUCGAUUAGCCCUUGGUGAAACACAGCUAGUCGCCGAAACCAGAGCUUUUCUUGAAGGAAAUGGGGUGUAUUUGGAAGCAUUCAAUAAACCCGCAAAAAAGAGAUCAAAGACGUGCAUUCUUGUCAAAAAUUUACCAGCAAACACCGAAAAAGAAGAAAUAAAGUCUUUGUUUGUAAAACACGGUCAGAUAGCAAGAUUCUUAAUGCCACAACAUGGCAUAACAGCCCUUGUUGACUUCAUUGAACCGUUUGAAGCAAAAAAGGCAUUCACAAAACUGGCAUAUUCACAAUUCAAGAGCGCGCCGCUAUAUUUAGAAUGGGCGCCUGAAAAUGUGUUUAUAAAAUCUGCUGAGAAAAUUGAUUCGGAUAAAAAUACGAAUGCGACGCAAUCUGAUGACGUACAAGAUGAAGUUGAAACCUCAUCUUCCACCGCACCUGUACCUAAAGAGCCUGUUAGCAAUAAUCAAAAAGUUCAAGAGAAGGAUGAAACAGAACUGGAAGAACCCGAAAACGAUACAACGCUGUUCGUUAAGAAUCUUAAUUUCAAAACAAACGAAGAUAGUCUAAAAGCGCAUUUUUCUACGGUUGGUAAAGUACACAGUGUGUCUAUUGCGAAAAAGAAGGAUCCAAAAAAUCCUGGCCAGUUUCUUUCAAUGGGCUAUGGCUUCGUGCAAUAUUAUAAAAAGGAACACGCCAAUGAAGCCCUUAAAAAUCUGCAAGUUACUACUUUGGAUGGAAAGUCUCUGGAAUUAAAGAGAUCAGAAAGAGGAAAUACAAAUGAAGUAAGAACUUCUAAGAAGAGCAAUAAAGAUACGGCUCAAAAUGGCACAAAAAUUCUCGUACGAAAUGUACCGUUUCAAGCAAAUAGAAAUGAAUUACAUGAAAUUUUUCGGGCUUUUGGUGAAAUCAAAACUUUACGACUGCCUAAAAAAUUAACUCCUGGAUCGGACCAACAUCGAGGUUUUGCAUUUGUAGACUACUACACGAAAGCUGACGCCAAGUCUGCCUUCGACGCACUGUGCCAGUCGACCCAUCUUUACGGGAGGAGACUAGUGUUAGAGUGGGCGGAGCAAGGUGAUGAAACAGAAGACGUCGCCUUGUUAAGAAAAAGAACCGCCCAAAGUUUUAAUGCGCAAGCUCCAGGAGGCAAGAAAUCUAGAAAAGGUGCUGUUGAUGUUGAAAAAUUCGUUGAGGGUGAUGAUAGUGCUAUGUAAAAUAAAUUAUUAUAUAAUUGAAUUUUCUGGUUUUAUUAAGUACCUAUAUUUUCAUUUUGUAUAAUAAAUCAAACAAAAUUGUAUUAUAAUUAUUCGUCUUUAUUUUAUGCCAAAAUAGUUACAAGUGAAUUGGAUGGCAUACAUGUAAAUUUGUCGUGACUUUAGUUUGUUACAAUGGCGAACUAUGAAGAAUCGCAAUAAGUUUCCAGAACUAAGGUACUCUUAAUUUAUUAAUGCCCUAGUAUUUACAAAGUUAACACAGAUUUGAAUAACAUAAUGAUAACAGUUUUUGAGGCAUUUCUUUAACUUUCAAUGUUUCAAUUAAAACUAUAAAGAAAUAUAUUAUUAUAUUUGACAACUAAACAAACUUAUGAUUUAGUUUUUAGAGAAAUGUUUACUAUAAAUAUACCACCAGUCAUUGCACUAUCAGUGAAGUACCAGUACCAUUAAGAUAUCAUAAUUUAACACUAUAAAGACUGGGAAAUAUUUACACACAAUUACAAUAGCAUGAUGGUAAUCUAGGAAUCCUAGUUAUAAUAUUAUGACUAAAAUUAUAAUUAAAAUACAAUAUAAUAACAGAACAGAUUGGCCAGUUCAUAAAUUACUCUAGAUAUACAUAAUUAUAUUGUUUAUAUAGCAUACCAUCAUAACUAUUUACUAUAAAAUUAUACCACAAUAACUUGAAAUGUCACAUGCACCUUCCUCUUUCUCUUAGCUUUAAUACUCUCAUAUUUAGCAUUAUAAUCAAACUACAUGUUCUAUUCAAUUCAGCUUUAUAUUACAUACAAUUUGACUACUAGUUUAUAUUUUUUCACACUUAAAAUAUUAUAGGACACAUUGCAAACAAUGAAAAAGAUUGAAGUAUGAUAAUAUACCUACAUGAGUAGGUCUACUACUAUGAUGAUGUUGUUUUAAUUGAAAACAUGACAAAACAUAUCAUGGCAGUGAUAAAUAAUAGAUUUGAAUACAUUUAGUAAAAUUUAUAAUUUCCAUAGUGAAGAAUUUUAAUUAUUAUAAUAACUUUUAUUUUCAUUUAUAAAGAGUUCAAAGUAGGUGCCUAGUAGUAUGUAAUUACAAUAAUCUAAAUGCUAUUUAGCACACUUAAUUUUUUUAAGGAAUGUUUUCAACAUAUUAUUUUGAAAUUACACUGAUUGACACUUUAAUUCACACAAGUUUGAACCAAUUGUAAAUGCUAUUUGUUAAUUUGAUUGGUUUAUGUUGUUACAUUCCCAAAAGGUUUAAAUUGCAAUCUUCUAUAACAAAACCCUCAAAUAUAAUCACAACAUUUCAAUCAAUCUUAACAGUUGAAUAAAUCUUCCUGACAAAUAUGCUUGUGCCAAUGUAUCCCACAGUCCCACAAAUAAUACCAAGUGCUAAGCUGAACAGAGCCAUGUAGCCAAAAUAGAAUGUAGUUUGAAACAGACCAUACAUUUUCGUUUUGAAAAUGAAGUAAUAGAAAGAGUACAGAUAAACAUAGAUAGCUGUACUACCAGCAGACAGGAAACUAGUCCACUGCCAACGAUAAUCCUCAGCAUUCAACAAAAAGUAAGUGCAAACAAUGGUAACACAGACAGUAACAAUCAUCAAGAUUAGGAAUACCAACAACAUAAAGCCAUACACAUAGUAAAUUUUGUAUGCCCAGAAUGAGGUGAAUAUGAAAUACAUUUCAAUAAAGAUUGAACCAAAUGGUAAUAUUCCUCCUACAAUAAUGAUUAUGAAAGGUUCCAUGAACCAUUUCUUCUCUGGAAUAGGUCUUGGAACAGCAUUAAUACGACAAGGAUAAUCAGGCUGACCUGCUAAAUUGCGACCCAGAACUGUCCCUACUAAAGUUAGAGGCAGUAUCACAAAAGUACAAAUGGACAUGACAGCUAUCAUACUACCAAAUGGAAUAGCUCUAGAUGCAUGAUAGUACAUGGCAAUAAAGUUGAUAAAGAAAGCUGUACCACAAACCAGCACAGGUAAUAAAAAUGCUGAUAACAACAUUUGUUUUAUCCAAAGCUUACCCCCCAUUCUAGCAUAGAGAGAUCCACCAAAGUACCCAUUUACUGGAGAUGUGGCAGCAUAGAUAAAUAUGGCUGUGGAUAGUAGAGAUCCCCUUUCAGUAUACAGUUCACCAAAUAUUGUGAAUAUGAUAACAGCUAAUGUCACUACUGUGAGUUGGUAUCCACUUCCAAUCAAUGCUGAAAAUACUGGUAAAUGUGGGACAGGUCGAAACACAUCGCCAUGGACUUGUUUCCAACCAUAUUCAUCUCCCAAAUCCUUCUCUAAAUCAUCCAGAUCAUCAUCCUUUGAAUAUCUUGCAUAGUCUUUUCGAAGUGUUCUCAUGAGUAUCAUAGAAACAAGUCCUACUAAGAAAAUAACCAUCAUGAAACUGUUGAAGAUACUGAACCAAUGAAUGCGAUGCUGGAAAAAGUUUGGAUCCAAAUAUUUAUCAAAGCGAUCUUCAAAGUUGAUUUUACUUUUCUUCCAAUUAACUUCAUAAGUAAACGGAAUGUUCGCGUCGGGGGUAAGUAGCUCCUUAUUUUCAGCUGUAAGGUUUACUUCCACAAUUCGGUUACCAUUGUAUCCAAUGUCGAAUUUCUUGUGAGUCCAAAUGUAGUAAUGGUCCCCAUCAAUUUCGCCCACAGUUCCCCAUAUCGGUAGAUCAUCUAUGUACAUUUGGUACCAAUAGUGAUUCUUCACCGCAUACACGAGUGCUUUGUAGGAUUGAUCAUUUAGUUCGAUAGCACAAAAUUGCUGCGCCGGUAUGUUAUCCCCGAAGGUGAUGUCAAGACCACUGAAUUCCAGUUCGACUCCCUGGAGUGCUUCAGAUAAGGUCUCAUGGUAAUGUCCGAUUGUCACUUUAGUACCUACGCAAAAAGGUAAUGAAAAAUAUGCAUACGUCUCUUGGCGAUUGUGAUACGGCCCUACUGUAUUCAUCCAGAGCACCACUUGUUCACCAUUCUUAUAAGUAUGUGUAUGUUCGUCACAAUUAACUAUAGUCCAAAAAAUAAACAAUAAAUAUAAAUAUUUCAUUUUUGUGCAGCAAAUAACUUCUUAAAACCAAUUAAAGUACAAGUAAAAUAAACAUAACACGUAUGUGAAAUGCCGAUGUCGGACAUCUAUGGCGUGGUAUUGCCACUAAAAAUAAUAAAAAGAAAGUUACUCUAUAUGACAACAUAAUUGAUAGUACGUUAUUG